CCAAGCCCGCCGUCGGAGCGCAGUCUGGGUAGAUGCUGGGACUUGCCGCGCGGUCCCAGCCGGGAGUGGUGGUCCUGACCGAACCUCUAGUCGCAGGGAGUCGCCGCUGGACAGGGGCUCGGCGCCCGGCGGGGACUGCAGGCGAUGACUCAGGAUGCAGCCAGGGGCCACGACGUGCACGGAGGACCGCAUCCAGCAUGCCCUGGAGCGCUGCUUGCAUGGGCUCAGCCUCAGCCGCUGCUCCACCUCCUGGUCAGCUGGGCUGUGUCUGAACUGCUGGAGCCUACAGGAGCUGGUCAGCAGGGACCCGGGCCACUUCCUUAUCCUCCUGGAACAGAUCCUGCAGAAAACCCGAGAGGUCCAAGAAGAGGGCACCUAUGACCUUCUUGCCCCCCUGGCCCUGCUCUUCUACUCCACUGUCCUCUGUACACCACACUUCCCACCAGACUCAGAUCUCCUUCUGAAAGCAGCCAGAACCUACCACCACUUCCUGACCUGGCCUAUUCCUUACUGCAGCAUCUGCCAGGAACUACUCACCUUCAUUGAUGCUGAACUCAAGGCCCCAGGAAUCUCCUACCAGCGCCUGGUGAGGGCUGAGCAGGGCCUGCCUGUUAGGAAUCACCGCAGCUCCACCGUCACCGUGCUGUUGCUGAACCCCGUGGAGGUGCAGGCUGAGUUCCUCGCUGUGGCCAACAAGCUGAGUGCGCCCGGGCCCUCGCCCCACAGCACCUACACCACCCUGCUCCUACACGCCUUCCAGGCCACUUUUGGGGCCCACUGUGACCUCCCAAGUCUGCACUGCAGGCUGCAGUCCAAGACCCUGACGGAGCUCGAGGACAUCUUCACGGAGACUGCAGAGGCACAGGAGCUGGCGUCUGGCAUUGGGGAUGCAGCUGAGGCCCGGCAGUGGCUCAAAACCAAGCUGCAGGCAGUGGGAGAGAAAGCCGGAUUCCCUGGCGUCUUAGACUCUGCAAAGCCUGGCAGGCUCCACACCAUCCCCAUCCCUGUUGCCAGGUGCUACACCUACAGCUGGAGCCAAGACAGCUUUGACAUCCUGCAGGAAAUCCUGCUCAAGGAACAGGAGCUGCUCCAGCCAGGGAUCCUGGGGGAUGACGAAGAGGAGGAGGAAGAGGAGGAGGAGGAAGAGGAGGAGGACUUAGAAACCGACGGGCAUUGUGCUGAGAGGGACUCUCUGCUUUCCACCAGCUCAGCAGCCUCCCGGGACUCCACCCUGUCCCUUGCCUCAUCCCAGGCCUCAGGGCCCACCCUCUCCCGCCAGUUGCUGACCUCCUUUGUCUCAGGCCUCUCGGAUGGCGUGGACAGUGGCUACAUGGAGGACAGUGAGGAGAGCCCCUCCGAGUGGCCCAGGAGGCCGGGCAGCCGGGAGCGCCGAGGCCAUCGCAGGCCUGGGCAGAAGUUCACCAGGAUCUAUAAACUCUUCAAGAGCACCAGCCAGCUGGUACUGCGGAGGGACUCUCGGGUCCUGGAGGGCAGCCCAGACACGGCCUCUCCACUGCGGAGGGCCGGGAGCCUCUGCAGCCCACUGGACAGCUCGGCACUGCCCCCCAGCCGGGCCCAGCGCUCCCGCUCCCUGCCCCAGCCCAAGCUCAGCACCCAGCUGCCCAGCUGGCUCCUGGCCCCUGCCUCCCGCCCCCAGCGCCGCCGCCCCUUCCUGAGUGGGGAUGAGGACCCCAAGGCUUCCACGCUACGUGUCGUGGUCUUUGGCUCCGAUCGGAUUUCGGGGAAGGUGGCUCGGGCAUAUAGCAAUCUGCGGCGGCUGGAGAACAAUCGCCCCCUGCUCACCCAGUUCUUCAAGCUGCAGUUCUUCUACGUGCCCAUGAAGCGAAGCCAUGGGACCAGCACCAGUGCCUGCCCAGCCCAUCCGGGCCAGAUGCCCACCCUCCCCACAGACUCCCCAAGGCACCCCGGCCCUGCAGAGCUGGGCCCGGCCCCGUGGGAGGAGAGCACCAAUGACAUCUCCCACUACCUCGGCAUGCUCGACCCCUGGUAUGAGCGCAACGUGCUGGGCCUCAUGCACCUGCCCCCUGAAGUCCUCUGCCAGCAGUCUCUGAAGGCUGAGCCCCAGGCCCUGGAGGAGCCCCCUGCUCAGCUGCCCAUCCUGGCAGACAUGCUGCUCUACUACUGCCGCUUCGCUGCCCGGCCUGUGCUGCUGCAGGUCUAUCAGACAGAGCUGACCUUCAUCACUGGGGAAAAGACGACAGAGAUCUUCAUCCAAUCCCUGGAGCUGGGUCACUCUGCUGCCACGCGUGCCAUCAAGGCUUCGGGUCCUGGCUGCAAGCGGCUGGGCAUUGAUGGUGACCGGGAGGCUGUCCCUCUGACACUACAGAUUAUUUAUAGCAAGGGGGCCAUCAGUGGGCGGAGUCGCUGGAGUAACAUGGAGAAGGUCUGCACCUCGGUCAACCUCAAUAAGGCCUGCCGGAAGCAAGAGGAGCUGGACUCCAGCAUGGAGGCCCUGAUGCUAAACCUGACAGAAGUGGUGAAAAGGCAGAACCCCAAAUCCAAGAAGGGCUUUAACCAGAUUAGCACAUCGCAAAUCAAAGUGGACAAGGUGCAGAUUAUUGGCUCCAAUAGCUGUCCCUUUGCUGUGUGUCUGGACCAGGAUGAGAGGAAGAUCCUGCAAAGUGUGGUCAGGUGUGAGGUCUCACCCUGCUACAAGCCAGAGAAGAGCAACCUCUGCCCCCUGCCCCAGAGGCCUGCCUGCCCACCGACCCAUGCCGCACCGGACCUCGGCUCCCUCCUCUGCCUGCCCAUCAUGACUUUCAGCGGGGCUCUGCCCUGAGGGCCUUGCAGCAGCCUGGACAGGAAGCCUGGGGCAGCCUCCUCUGAGCCUCCUCCCCAGAGAGUUGUCUAUGAGGGUCUCAUCCCCCAUGGAGAACUGAACAGCCAUCUGCUGGGUCAGGGUCCUGCUGUGGGCUCUGCAGUGGUCAGGGGCAGGGGAUUGAUGGUUUCUGGGCCUCAGCGCUCUGUCUGGGAAAGAAACAGGCAUUAAAGAGAGGACCCAGCCCCUCAGACUCCUCAUGGUGGAAAGGAGUGGGUAGGUGAGCUCACCUCCAGGGGCUCUGACCACCAGCACAGUCUAGGAUCCUUUCUGGAAGAAAGACUUGAAGCUCUGGUGCUCUGGGAUGUGGCUUUGGCCUCCUCUCCCAAUCCUUGCCCCCACCCCCACUCCACCUACUUUGUCAAAGACUUGGGGAACCUUUGUGUCUGGAGUUGAAUCUCCUCUACUCUGGGGUCAGGUGGCUUUUCUUUCCUGACCUCAGUAUCAUUCUCCCCACCUCUCUCUCUCUCAAGUUCCCUGAGUCUUCUGAAAGACAGCACUAACACUUUAUCUCUCUUGCCAGGACCUGGAACAGUUUUACUUUGGCACCCCUUUCUGGAUCUGAGAUCCUGGGGGAGAGGACAGGCUUCCAUUCAGUAGCAACUGUUACUUCUAGCCCAGUGACUAGAAGAAAGUUAGUUUCUUAGAGCCUCCACUCCUUCAGCACUAAGAAGGGGUGAAAUAAUGCCUCCUUCAAAGGUUGCAAAGAAAUUGUCCGCAGAGUGCCUGGCCCCGUGGCUAGCUCAUAGCCGGUGCUCAGGAAAGGUUAGUGGCCUCGCCCUCUAAACACCAUCUCCCCAUCUGGUUCUGCCUCCCCAUGCUCUCAUGGCCUCUGGGAUGUUCUCCCUUCAUUCUCUCCUUUACAACUCACUGGUCAGGCAGGACCAAGACUUAGGGGGUAAGAAGCAAUCCCCUUCACCAUCAGAAGGAGGAAUUGCCUUUGUCAGGGUAAGAGGAGGGCUACACAGCUGCCACCAGCCUCCCCUCCUCCCCCAGGUCAGCCCCCAGAACCCCCACUCCCAUCUCACUCCUUGUGUGGAAUCUUCCAGCCCAAAAGUUCGUGGGCACCAUAGUGGUGCAUAGGCAAGAUCCCAGGAGGUGUAGAGGAUGCAGUGCCUGGCCUCAGGGAGCUUAGUGCCUGAUUAGGGGGCAAUAGGUGAUAGACCAUUAGAGCCAAAAUGUACUACUGCCAGGGUGGAGUGCUUUGAGAAAUUGAAAGCAGACAUGGGCUGGGGUAAUGGGGUGGAGGGCAGGGCUUAGGGCCAGGGUUUGGACUGGUGGAGGGAAGAAAAGUUACCAUGGAAGGGGACAGCUGUGUCCUGCACCCUGCCUCCUCCUCCCCCUCCUACUCCUGCUUCAUCCUGAAGCAAAGUUCUGGGCCUAUAGAAGCCCACGAAACCCCAGCCCAGAGUACUCAUAACUUGAGAGAAGUGGACCGAGCCAGCUCCCACUCUGUCCAAGCCAUUCCCCCCCUGUCCUAGCCAUCGGCACUUACCCAGGCUCCAGAGAGUGGUCAUAUACCUUCAAUAUUUUUUGUUGUAUGAGCAGAUUGUCCUACUACAUGAUCAACAGGUGUCUGAGAAUAAAUUAAUAGAAUUUAAUAUUAUUGUCAAAUAAAACUUGAUUAGUAUUGUAUUUAA